AUGCUCCUUCGUGCAUAUCAAGGGUCUGGUUCUCCUAUAGCGUUGCGGACUCCAGAAGGCUACUACAUACACAUAUCAUCCACAGCGCACAUCAAUGAGCUUCUGGGCGCACCAGAAGGAACGUUCUCAUUGCAUGCUUUGUCAAAGCUGAUGCUGCAGCCACGACACACGAUGAAUGGCCUGGAACUCAGCGAUGACAUGGGCGAGAACGGACACAUACAUCUCCGCAUCAUCGGUGUUGUACAUCGCAACAAACUAGAUGCUUUAGAGCCAGCACUUCACCACGCUGUAUCGAGCGUUCUUUCAAAUGCAAUCAGUGACGAAUGGACAGAACUACCCAUUUUCGAAUUUUCGAAGAGAGUGAUCCUAGUUGGGAACUGCCUGGCCUUCUUUGGAGAUAAACUGGCAUCAGAUCCGGAUUUCGUCGAGGCAGCUUUGCAGUACCCCGAAGAUCUCUUCAAGACCGCGGAGGCGCUUCGCUUGCUGCCAGGUUUCGUCGCACCUUGGGUGGCCCCGGUGUUGAUGAGACACCACCAAGCAUCCAAACUUCUCACGCAGAAGCUGCUGGAUCUGAUUGAAGAGCGUAUUACCGAAAAGUCCACGCCGUCCAAAGCCUCGGAUAUCAUCCAGCUCUUCAUCGAUGGAACCAGGAGCCGGGAUGGAUGGACGCCGACAAAAAUAGUCCAGGUCAUUCUCGGUAUCUGGUUCGCUUCGAUCCACCAGCCGGCAAUGAGUCUCGCAUAUGCAUUAAACGACAUCUGCCGUGAGGGUCAGCACCUCGCCGCAUUACGACAUGAGCUCGGCUCGGUUUUGCCGACCAACACCAAUCCACCACUCGGAGGGAUUGAUAGCUUGCCGUUACUUGAUGCAUUCCUAAAAGAGUCGGCGAGGUUACAUCCAUCUGACUCCAUCUCUUGCCGCCGAAAGGUACUCAGGCCAUUCAAGUUCACGGAUGGCACCACCGUUGCGAGUGGUGAGGUGGUGUGCGUUCCCAUGAACGCGGUUCUCCGGGACCCUGCCAAUUAUUAUCGCAGCAGCGAAUUCGAUCCUGGUCGCUUCCUCGCACAGGGAUCCAAAUUUAGUGAUGCGACACCUGAGUUUCCCCUGUGGGGAUUGGGACGGCACGCCUGUGAGGAUGGAUUCAAGACCUUGUCAUGGCGUUCGAGUGUCAUCCCCCAUCCUAACGCGAAGAUGCUGUUUCGCAGAAGGAAAAUGGUAUGGCCUGAGGUUUUGCACCAGACCGUGGGCCGAAGUUCAGAAGAGAAGAUGAUCCAAUCUGGCGCCACGAGGUCGGAGCACGUCGAGAUGGCUGUGAAAGCUGAGACGUUCAUCCAUAAGCCCAGGUUACUGUACCGUGGUAUCGAUAAGAGCGCGUGUCCCCCCAUGCAACCUCAGCGCGUCUCAUUCACUCGACCCGAGAUCCCAGCCCAGACAUGUGAAGCCUGGCGCCACCACUCUGCGCGUCGCAAAACCAUGUACCACCUCUUCAAAUCGCUCUACCUCCAUGCCACCAGCAAAGAAGAAACUCUGACUAACCGACCAACCAACCCGCCAGAAUACUCCGUCCUCCUCCUCGGCCUCGACAAUGCCGGAAAAACCACCCUGCUCGAACAAAUAAAAGCCACCUACACGCCCUCUCACCCCAACCUAAAAACCGUGCCCACCGUCGGCCAAAACGUCGCCACCAUCGCCCUCCCACCCCCAAACCCACCCAUCUACCUCAAGAUAUGGGACGUCGGGGGCCAGCAUAGCCUGCGCGGGCUCUGGCAAAGCUACUACAGCAGCUGCCACGCCAUUGUCUUUGUCAUCGACAGCAGCGACGUCGGCAACGCGACGCUGGCCGAUCUGAGCGCCGUCGACGCCGCGCGCAACGAGGAUAUUGGCCGGCUGGACGAGUGUCGGUUGGUGCUGGAGAGUGUGCUGGCGAGUGAGGAGGCGAGUGGGGUGCCGAUUUUGAUUCUGGCGAAUAAGCAGGAUAGGGAGGAUUGUGUCGAAGUGGUGCGGAUCAAGGAGGGCUUUGUGAGGAGGGUGUUUGAGGGGGACAAGGGCGGCAAUGUGAGGGAUAGUAGGGUCUUGCCCUGUAGUGCGCUGACGGGCACGGGGGUCCAGGAGGCCGUGGAGUGGCUUUGCAGUAGAAUGGCGUUUAACAAGGAGGCGAGACCGCCGGUUAUGCGGUGA